AUGCCUAGUAUCUUAGAGACUGAAGUGUUCAGUCCAUCUAAGAUAAUAACUUCUACCCCUAUUAAAAUUAAAGAUAAAGAAAUGGAAUUCGGAACCAUUACAGAGGAAUCAAAUGAAGAUCCAAUGGAUCUUUUGGAUUUUUUUAACCAAGAUAUUGCGGAACUACACAAUGUAUCUACAGAUAUUGACAGUAGUGCUGCAAUUGAGAAGUCAGACUUAGAGAGCACUUUGAAUGUCUCCAAAGAGCAAAAGCGUGAUCCACACUAUGUCAUGGAUAGUUUUUGCACUAUGGACACAUCCACUGAUUUAGAUUUGAACACUGAGGAAUCAAAUAUUAAAUUUCAGUGUGUAAAUAACUGA